UCACUUGUUGCCUAGAACAUUAAAAUAAAAUAUACCAUUAAAAAAUAACAAUUUUCUAAAAACAAAUUUUUGAAAAUUUAUUUUAAAAAUAUUAACUGAAAUGACCUUGACCCGGGAAUCUGCUCGUGAGCUCUGUCGCACCUGUCUGCUCCAAUUAGACAAGGAACACAUCAAAUCAGAGUUCCAAUCAGAGGAGAUCCCAAUCAGCCAGGAGCUGCAGCAGUUGCUCAAUUUGAAUCCCUCCCAGGAUUUGGAAAACCAGGACAUGGAGCAGUGGCUGCCGAAUGAACUGUGCCUGGAGUGCCGCAUUUUGGUUCAGAACUUCGAGAGGUUCCGCAGAAAAGCCGAGGAUUGCAGGAAGCAGCUGCUGGAAAUGCUGAAGAAGGACCCACGGAAACCCACAUUCGAGGUGGUCUACGAGGAUGGGGAGGGGGACGAGAGGUCGCUGCACAGUCUGGAACCCCCCGAACCCGAGCCCGAUCCAGAUCCCAUCGAUGAGCCGGCCAUUAAGAGGGAUAAGUCCCCCAGAAAGGCAACCAGGAGCUCGAGAAACACUCUGAAGUGCUCCCUGUGCCGGCACAGCUUUGCCCACCAGAUCACCUUGGCGGCCCACAUCCGCAAAGUCCACGAGGGCAGCAAGCGACCCUUCCAGUGCGACCAGUGCGAGAAGGCGUACAGCUUCAUGGGCGGCCUGUACACCCACAUUCGGGAGGUGCAUGCUCCCAAGGAGCGGCGUCAUCCCUGCGACCAGCCAGGAUGCGAGAGGGUCUACACCAGCCGCAUAGCCAUGCAGAAGCACAAACGGCUGAAGCACAGUCCCCGGGACAGGGACUCCCUUAAGAAGUUCAUCUGCGAACAGUGCGGCGCCAGCUUUAAUCAGUCGGCGAAUCUUAAGUAUCAUCUGAAGACGAAACAUCCCACGGAGGACGAGGUGGCCGCCAAGGAGGGCGGCGCUGGGGAGCGUCACUUCUGCGAUAUCUGCCAAAAGGAGUUCCAUUCGCGAUACACGCUCAAGUACCACACUUUGCAGCAGCAUGAGGGGCAGGAGGAGCUGCCCCACGAAUGCCAGGUCUGUGGCCGCCGGAUGGCCAAGAAGUUCAUGCUGCUGCAGCACAUGCUGAUGCACUCCAGCGACAAGCUGCCCUGCGAGCACUGCGGCCGUAGGUUCGCCAGAAGAUUCGAACUAGAGGCCCACGUGAGGGCGGUCCACCUGAAGCUCAAGCCCUUCGCGUGUCGCCACUGCCCAGAGAGCUUUGCUUCGAGGAAGACCCUGCGGCACCAUGAGUAUAUCCACACGGGCGAGAAGCCCUACGUGUGCAGCACCUGCGGACAAGCCUUCCGCCAGCAGACGUGCCUCAAAAACCACCGGAAGGUGCACGACAAGUAGUCUUAACUAGCAUUAGAGUUGCUUCUUAAUUAAAGUGGUUAAGUACAAA